AGACGCCGUUAAUCCUCAUCGAAGAAGAAAAUGAUCAAGAAUGUUGGAACCUGACCAGUGGGUGUGACAGUUUAUGGAAAAUGGCUAGCUGGGGAAGGGCUGCUGGAGUUUUGAGAAACUUUUUGAGGAGACCUUGGUCGUACAGAGCGCUGCAUCGUGCCUUGGGACCUGGCAUUUUGGGGUCUCUCAUUGGAAGCGGACUGAUAUAUUAUCACUAUGAACCGAGCAAGAGGUUUUUUCCCUUCACCGUUCAUGCCGAGGAGGAAAAGUUGCUUCCAGUGUUCCAGCUGUCUGCCAGACGGAUGUGCUUCAACCAGUUUGCUUCCAUGACGUACAAUAAGGAACUCUACAUGACACCAAGGGAUUUCCUCUUCUCAAUCAUGUUGGAGAAUGUCGACCGUAAAUUACCAAAGAAAGCUCUAACCAAAAAGGAGGUGGAUAAGAUGCUGGAUGCUGCCUCACGGGUCCAGGCAGGUAACAGUCUGUUCAGAAACUUCGGAGACGAUGGUCUGAUAUCCUACACAGAGUACCUGUUCCUGUUGACUAUUCUGACCAAGCCACACACAGGAUUUCAUAUAGCUUUCAAAAUGCUUGAUAUUGAUGGCAAUGAGCAUGUGGACAGAAAGGAGUUUCUCAAGCUCAAGAAAAUCAUUGGGAAAAGAAAAGAGACGGUGCCUAAGGAAGGUGCCACAGACGUGAAACCAGUCGCAGAGGGGGAUGAUGUGAACACUACACUGCAGGCCUUCUUCUUUGGCAGGAAUGGUGAAAACAAGCUUCAGUACAAGGGAUUUUGCAGGUUCAUGGAGGACCUUCAGGCGGAGGUGCAGGAGAUGGAGUUCCUGCAGUUCUCCAAGGGUAUGGACACCAUGCGGCGGGAGGACUUUGCCGAGUGGCUGCUGCACUACACCAACGAGGAAGCCAACGAGGCCUACUGGGAGAACAUGAGGAAGAGGAUCCCCGCGGGCCAGAGCAUCACAUUUGAUGAGUUCAAAGCAUUCUGCCUCUUCACCAACAACCUGGAGGACUUUGCCUUCUCCGUGAAAAUGAUAAGUGAAGCCAACCGACCUAUCGGAAUGGUCCAAUUUAGGCGAGCUGUGAAGAUUGCCACAGGGCACGACCUCUCUGAGAACGUGCUGGACACGGUGUUCAAGAUCUUUGACCUGGACGGCGAUAACUGUCUGAGCCACAAGGAGUUUAUCGGAGUGAUGGAAGACAGAGUACUGCGCGGCUUGAAGGUGCAACCCCAGCGCGGCAUCACAAAUUACUGGAAGUGUGUGAAGAGGGAGACCCUAAAGGGGGCCCAAGAGGCCCUCCGGGACACCGGAAGCCCUUUUUGAGGGGCUAGGCCAUUGGAUGGAGAAGCGCCUUACGAGUGUUCACUGGCUGACUCCAAUGUAAAGCAUUGAUGGCUGACCACUAGUUGACCAUUAUCACUGGAUAUUUGUCAAUGGAAUAUAAACAUGGUCCUAAUGAACUAAAUCAAUGUUUUUCAGGCUUUUUGUUUGUGAAAAUAUUAUUGCCAUAUACAGUACAAUCUAUGGGUGAGGUUUAUUCUAAUAGAAAUUGGUUGUUGUGAUGCUUGAUACCAGUCUAUGCAUACAAGGCAUAUAAAUAUGAGAUCUUUUUACAUUUUA